UACAACGGGAAGAUCUCCACGUCCGGCCACGGCCAGCUGCGGAGCCGCUUCGUCAAGAAGAAUGGUCAGUGCAAUGUGGUCUUCACCAACAUGGCCGACAAGCCGCAGCGGUACCUGGCGGACAUCUUCACGACGUGCGUGGACAUCCGCUGGCGGUACCUGCUGAUGAUAUUCUGCUCCACCUUCUUGUUCUCCUGGCUCGUGUUUGGCUUGAUCUUCUACAGCGUGUCUUUAGCGCACGGGGACUUCGAUAAAGAUCGCGAGAGCAGCAGAAAGCCGUGGAAACCGUGUUUGCUGCACGUCGAGGGUUUCGUCGGCGCGUUCCUGUUCUCAAUCGAGACCCAAACUACGAUUGGUUACGGCUGGCGCUGCGUGACCGAAGAGUGUCCCAUAGCGAUCGUAACUGUGGUGGUGCAAUCGAUCGUUGGAUGCAUCAUUGACUCUUUCAUGAUUGGCACCAUCAUGGCCAAAAUGGCACGUCCGAAGAAGCGAAACCAAACCUUGCUGUUUUCGCAUAACGCUGUGAUUGCGUUGCGCGACGGGAAGCUGUGUUUAAUGUGG